GAUCAACCGCAAGCGGCUCGACAAGCUCGACAUCAUCAAAAUCUGCGAGGAGAUUUUGAACCCGUCGGUGCCCAUGGCUCUGAGGCUCUCUGGGAUCCUCAUGGGUGGCGUGGUGAUCGUGUACGAGAGGAAGGUGAAGCUUCUCUAUGAUGAUGUGUCUCGGCUUUUGAUUGAGAUCAACGAGGCAUGGCGAAUCAAACCGGCCACGGACCCCACCAUCCUCCCCAAGGGUAAAGCCCAAGCUAAGUACGAAGCAGUAACGCUUCCAGAAAAAAUUGUGAAUAUGGAGGUGGAACAGCCCAUGAUUUUCUCAGAGGCUGAUGCUACCAGGUUCCGGGGAAUGCGAUUGGAUGAUUUGGACGAACAGUAUGUUAAUGUCAACCUAGAUGAUGAUGACUUCUCUCGUGCUGAACAUCCUCACCAAGCUGAGGCAGUGAAUAUCACCCUGGUCGAUAAUUUUGAGUCCGGGCUUGCAGAAACUGAUGUGUUCAAUCGUUUUGAGAGAUUUGACAUAGCAGAUGAUGAGACCACAGUCAAUAUCACUCCUGAUGAACACCCACAGGUUCCAAGUACUCUAGUUCCCUCCCCGCCUAGGCAUGAAGACCCCCCUCAGCAAGAAGAGCCAUAUUAUGCUGCCCCAUCCCCUGUUCAAGAAGAACCUCAACAAGGGGGUUCACUAGAGGAGCAAGAGGAACAAAAGAUGAAGCAACAGCAACCACCUAAAGCAUCAAAGCGGAAAGCACGUAGGAAACUCGACCAAGUGAUUAUGGACAAUAACCAGAUGAUGAUCCCAGGAAACAUAUAUCAGACAUGGCUGAAGGACGCAUCUAGCCUUGUCUCAAAAAGGCGUAAAGUUAACAGCAAUUUUGAUUUUAUUCGAUCAACCAAGAUAAGCGAUCUCAUGGACAUGCCCCCGGUUGCUCUAAUGUCUUACUUGGACAAGUCAUCCUCAGAAUUAUAUUAUCCUAAGCCACUUGUGCAGCUCUGGAAGGAAUGCACUGCAGUCAACUGUGCAAAAGCUUCAUCUUCAGCAGGGCAGCCACCAUCAUCACAAGAAAAACAGCCUAGAAACUCGACACCUCAUGAAUUUCCACCUCAGACUGAAGGAGAAUAUGAGAUGGAAACAGGACCUCACCCAAUGGACUUCACAGAUGGCAUUGAAAAACUCAGAGGAAACGUGAGUGCGGAGUAUGACAGAGCUUACAAUACUCUGCAUAGUGACCAUAGUGUUACUCCUGGAAGUCCUGGGUUAAGUCGGAGGUCUGGUUCGAGCUCUGGUGGCUCUGGACAGGGGUUUAUACCAUUGGAUCCAGAAGUGCAAUUGCCAUCAUCAGGAAGUGGAAGGUCCAAGAGGAGGCAACAUUCCUCUGGAAGAAGCUUGGGGAAUCUUGAUCCAGUUGAUGAAGACUUUCCAUUGGAGCAAGAAGUGAGGGACUUCAAGAUGAGAAGGCUUUCAGAUUUUGGGCCAACUCCUGACCUUCUGGAAGAAACCGAACCAACUCAAACCCCAUAUGAGAAGCGCUCUGAUCCUAUCGACAAGGUCACAGAAUCAAUCCAGUCGCACCUCAAACUACAUUUUGAUACCCCAGGUGGACCGCAAUCUGAGUCACUGAAUCUGCUAGCUUCAGGGAUGACCACAGCCAGGGCAGCUCGACUAUUCUAUCAAAUGACUGUUUUGGCAACUUUUGAUUACAUCAAGGUUACUCAGCUGGAACCGUACGGGGACAUCUUGAUCUCCAGGGGAGUGAAGAUGUGAACUGGUGCUGCAAUGUUGCGAACAGUUUCGCUGCGGAGGUUCUUGCAGUGCACACAUCCGUGUUAAUAUUUACGGCAGUUACAUUUUGCACAGGAGGUCUUGUAGGAUAUAUUAUUAUUGCUUAUGCUGAAGAGAAGGAAAGGAAGCAAAGUGACAAGGCAGUAGAUUUGUGUUAUUGUUUAUGCUGAAGAGAAGGAAUAGAAGCAAAGUUAUAAGGCAGUAGAUUUGUGUUAAGUCACAGGAAUGUUCUAAGCUAUGUUGAUAGGAAGCAAGUUAUAGGAUUGAAAUCACAUGACACAUUGACAUAUAUAGACAGGUGUUUACUGCGCUGCGCAGGCAUAUUAGGUUUCUUUGGUUCUAUACUACUUAUGGUUCAGGAAGGGUAGUGUAGCUAAUCUUACCACUUUAUACCUUGAUUAUUUAUGCACCGCGUUGGGGACA